UCGCCCGUAUUCGGUAUGUUAGUAGAUGGGAACACUAAUCCCGAAGUGGCCAGACUUGCUCCUGCUGAAAUGAAGCAGGCUAUCGAGAUAUCAGCCAACCUACACACAGCGGUUACCAAGGCGUAUGCCGCCAGAGCAUUACGAGACUUGUGGCACGACAAGCAGAUUGGAGGACAGACAGCGGGAAAACAAGUCGUGUAUCACGCUUUACAAGAAGCUCCCAACGAGGUCACAUCGGAAACCUUCGUAACCCUGGAUGAGCACAUUGAGAAAGCUCAGGGCAAGCUUUCCAGUCUUCAGAUCCACAAGAAAAAGGUACGCAUGGAGCUCGCAGCCCUCCAUGCGAAACCUUUACUGUCUGAGCUUUGUCGAGAUGUGGAUCGACUUGGUCGAGAUCAAGCAACAACCCGGACAAUCUGGCUCACAAUGGAGGGGAAUGCUUCGAUGCCCGUGCCCGUGCAUAUGACAAGAGCACGUGCCGAAGAAGAUUGGAAGCACUGGAAAAAGCACGCUAGCAGUCGUGCUCGGAUCUGCCGUGACCUAUGGCGAAGGUGCUUGGAUGCGUUGCCAGGCGACACAGCUUGGGAAGAGCUCUGGGUAUGGGGGAUCAUGGUCUCAUUUCCAGCCUUGAGGGUUCUAAUUGGUGACUACGCAGGAAUCUCUAGGAUUAGAAGGGCCCCCGUUACGCCGAUCACUUGAUCACUCGAGCUCGUGAAGAAAGUCAGUGAAGAGGCAGGGUGGAAGGGCGGCGGUCGAUCCCUGGUCUUGAGAAAGCACAUGUGUGCAAACUGACUUACGGGUUCGUGGCAGUUUAAUACUGCACUUUAUCAGUAUCGUUUUGUUUUUCGAUAACUUGAUAUGUACAGUACCUUGUAAGUCUGAGUCUCCGCUAAUUCUGAAGGACGUUCAUUCGUCAGUAUAAUAUAUUGAAG